AUGAACGACUUGGGUUCAUUGAAAUACUUUCUUGGCCUUGAAGUAUCAUUGAGCUCUGCUAGUUAUUCGUUAUCUCAAGUAAAGUAUGCCUCAAAUCUUUUGGUGUGCUUCGGUAUUACUGGCUCUACUACAGCUCCAACACCACUCGAUCCCAAUGUUCGCUUGACUCCGUUUGAUGGAAUUCCAUUUGAGGAUUCCAGUCUCUAUCAUCAGCUUAUCUGCAAUCUUAUUUAUCUGACAGUCACUCGUCCUUACAUUGCAUAUGUUGUUCACAUUGUUAGCCAGUUCAUGACUGCCCCUCGAACCAUUCAUUUUACUGAUGUUCUUCGUAUCCUUCCUUAUGUGAAAGGUACUUUGGGGCAUGGACUUCAGUUUUCUUCCCAGGCUUCUCUGGUUUUAUCAGGCUAUUCUGAUGCUGAUUGGGCUAGUGAUCCUACUGACCGGCGUUCUACUUCCGGUUAUUGUUUCUACCUUGGUGAUUCUCUCAUUUCUUGGCGCAGUAAGAAACAGAGGGUUGUUUCCCGUUCUAGUUUGGAGUCUGAAUAUCGUGCUAUGGAUGAUGCUACAUCAAAACAGUUGUGGCUUCGUUGGCUUCUUGCUGAUAUGGGAGUCCCCUAG